GCUCUGGAGGCGCAGCUUCCUCACGUUAGCAGUCGCUGCCGUAGCGGAUGGACGCGCGCGAGCGGAAGAGAUAUCACCAAGGAAUUGUUUUAUUCAACAAUUAGCUUUCCUCUUUUUUUGUUGUCUUUUUUUUUUUUUUUUUUUUGGAUGUAACUAAGGAUUUUUAAAGUCGAGCACGUUUCACCCGAGUGAACUAACCCAAGAGUUUUUUUUGUUUUCACAAGUCGACUCGCUUCCCGUUCUUCUUCCCCACGAGAUCGAUAGCCCGUCGUAUGAAAAAGGGCGUGUGUGCUCGGGGGGGGACGGUAGUUUAAAACAUUUCAUGUGGGUAUUUAUGGUGUUUUAGAGCUCUUUUUUUUUUUUUAAACAAAAACAAAAAAAAAAAACACCAUCUGGACCUGAAGGACGCGGUGGAGGAUGGGGUGCACGUUGAGUACCGAGGACAAGGCGGCGGUGGAGCGCAGCAAAAUGAUCGACAGGAACCUGCGGGACGACGGGGAGAAGGCGUCCAGGGAGGUCAAGCUGCUGCUGCUCGGUGCUGGCGAAUCUGGAAAAAGCACCAUUGUCAAACAGAUGAAGAUCAUCCACGAGGCGGGCUACUCGGAAGAGGAGUGUAAGCAGUACAAGGCUGUGGUCUACAGCAACACCAUUCAGUCGAUCAUCGCCAUCAUCAGAGCCAUGGGGCGUCUCAAGAUCGACUUUGGUGACUCUGCAAGAGCUGACGACGCGCGGCAGCUGUUUGUGCUGGCAGGCUCGGCGGAAGAAGGCUUCAUGACGGCCGAGCUGGCUGGUGUCAUCAAGCGGCUCUGGAAGGACGGAGGCGUGCAAGCCUGCUUCAGCCGCUCGCGCGAGUAUCAGCUCAACGACUCGGCAGCAUACUACUUGAACGACUUGGACAGGAUAUCCCAGCCCACCUACAUCCCAACUCAGCAGGACGUCCUUAGGACCCGAGUGAAAACCACAGGCAUCGUAGAGACACACUUUACCUUCAAAGAACUGCACUUCAAGAUGUUUGAUGUCGGCGGGCAGCGGUCUGAGCGCAAGAAGUGGAUCCACUGCUUUGAGGGUGUGACCGCAAUCAUCUUCUGCGUGGCCUUGAGUGAUUACGACCUGGUGCUCGCCGAGGACGAAGAGAUGAAUCGAAUGCACGAGAGCAUGAAGCUGUUCGACAGCAUCUGCAACAACAAGUGGUUCACAGACACCUCCAUCAUCCUCUUCCUCAACAAGAAGGACCUGUUUGAGGAGAAGAUCAAGAGGAGCCCUCUCACUAUCUGCUACCCAGAAUACGGUGGCUUCAACACAUACGAGGAAGCAGCUGCCUACAUCCAGUGUCAGUUCGAGGACCUGAACAAGAGAAAGGACACCAAGGAGAUUUACACCCACUUCACCUGCGCCACAGAUACCAAGAAUGUGCAGUUUGUCUUCGACGCUGUCACUGAUGUCAUCAUCAAGAACAACCUGAAAGACUGCGGUCUUUUCUGAAGAUCCCGUCGUUAAAAUCGACCUGUUGGUAGUGAACCAGCUCUUUGUGCAUCCUCGAUGGGGAAGAGAAGAGUUGUGAGGAUCCAUGAUGGACCAGUGCUGUACUAUACGACACUUUUAACAGCUUUAUUUAUGGUUUUUUUUUAUUAUUAUUAUUUUGUCUGGGAACAUUUUGAACUAGCGUUACGUCAUCUGUGUAGGCUUUGUGUCACUGCAAAAGCAUCAACAUACUUUCCUUUUUUUUAUUAAUCUUUUUGUUUAUAAGGAGUAGGAGACUACAAUGUUUUUGCUGUUUCUUCUACUGCCAUUUCUGGAAAAGGAGACUUUGCAGUUGGUGGGGAAUCCGCCUUUUUCUUUCUUUCCUACAACACAAAGGGAAGAAAUGAGGAACAACUCUUGAGUCCAGUUUGUUGGUACCCGUGCCUUCGCAUGCCUUUUACUGCGGUUGUCCUGAUGCUUGUUCUGUUGCCUGCUGACGUGUUCUAUACAUAAAGAGGUAAACGUUUCCAUAUGUUAGUGUCUCGGCUAUCUUCUAUGUGCACAC